GCGAGCAGGCCAGUCAGGUGCUGCCAGAGUGCGGUCAAGGUUCCGCUCUCAGUGAUCGCUGCGCUCAGCGAGACAUGUGCCGUUGGAUUUGUGGCUGUGUCGUUGCCGUCACCGCCGUUGCUGCCUCUGCUUGACACCGUCAACUUUCCUUUUAUUGGCAGGAGCGCUGCUUGCUGACGAGGACGAUGGGGACGGGCCUCAGCAGUGCACCAGCCAUCACGCUAAUAAGCUGUCUCCUGACCAUAACGACCAGUAUAGCAGAGACCGGGAACAGCGACAUUUGGCCACUGGAGAGGCCGGACGGCAUGCCUGCGAUACAGUCAUUAGAGGUAAUGUGCGGGAAGGAUCACAUGGAUGUACACCUGUCGUUCACCCAGCCGUUCGAGGGUAUCGUCUCAUCCAAGGGCCAGUACGGCGACCCUCGCUGCGUCUACGUCCCUCCGUCCACGGGCAAGACAUUUUUCUCCUUUCGUAUAGCGUACGCGAGGUGUGGCACAAAGCCUGACCUACAUGGCCAGUUCUAUGAGAACACAGUGGUGGUGCAGUACGACAAAGAUCUGCUGGAGGUGUGGGACGAGGCUAAGAGGUUGCGAUGUGAGUGGUACAACGACUACGAGAAGACAGCAUCUAAGCCACCCAUGGUUAUUGCUGAUUUGGAUGUCAUACAAUUGGACUUCAGAGGAGACAACGUGGACUGCUGGAUGGAGAUUCAGCACGGCAAGGGUCCGUGGGCUCCUCCAGUUAGUGGUAUUGUUCCCCUGGGCUCCACCCUCACCCUGGUGGUCGCCAUUAACGACUACAGAGGUGAGUUCGACAUGCGAGUGAAGUCAUGUGCUGCAUCAGAUGGAGGCGGGCACAUCAUCCAGUUAAGUGAUGAGCACGGUUGUGUGCUACGGCCUAAGAUGAUCAGUCGCUUCCUCAAGGCGAGGAUAGCUGACGAGAGAGCCUCUGUCAUAACGUAUGCAUUCUUCCAUGCCUUCAAGUUCCCAGACGCUCUCAGUGUUCACAUCAAGUGCAAGGUGGAGAUAUGCCGGCACGGUUGCCUGGACCAUUGUCAGCUUGGAGAUAACUAUGGAGGACUGCCGGAGAAUUACAGUCCACUGGAGAGACGAGAUCCAGUCCAGCCCAAACCGACAUCCACUCCAGAGAAGUCUGAGCCACCGCAAGACAGUUUUGAUGAUUUGAUAUACGAUGAUAUUACAAAUGUCGGAGAUGAUAAUAGUGAAAAGAAUGUCGCGAGUAUUCCAAUGGGAAUGAACCAACCUCAUGCUCAGCAACAGGUUUCCGGAAAGAGUCCCCCACCGAUUCAUGAAGUUCUAGAUGAUAUUCCCAUUCCUAGACCGUUCCAGGGACCUCAGAUGCGACCCAAUGGACCUCAGGAGCGUUUCCCUCAUGGCCCAAGGAACCUGGACACCAACUCCGAGCCAAUCUUAGGUACUCUGACUGUGCCUCCUGUUUCGCAGCGGCGGCGACGCUCUGUUGUUGUGUCGGACCGCAAAGUGCGCAGUGCUGAUGUGGGAGUUAGCGGGUUGUACGAGGUUAUCUCAGAGGCAGACUUAGCCUUUACGCCAGACAGCCGUGCUGAAGCGGUCACAGUUUUCCAGGGACGCAUCAGGGAGGAGGUGGUUUAUGGCAUCUGUUUGCCAGUGCCUGGAUUCAGCUUGUUGUUCUUCUUGGUGGCAGUGUCGUCGGUGGUGUCUGCGCUGGUAGCCGGGUCUCUCCUCUACCGCUACCAGGUGCAGCGUGAGACACAGCAGAUUGUGGCACAGCAGCAGCAGCAGGCGCGCCAGACCGGUGCCAACACGCUGGUGCUCAACUCCCUCACCAGCUGGAUGGCGCUUAGACUGCUGAGAGCCCGCAUCCAGCAGCCGCCUACCCCCUCGUCGCAACCCCCCUGUGUCAACCACACGGGCUGACUCUCGCUCGACCAUACCCAGUGACAUCGGUAUUGUCGACAAACGCUCAGUUCAAGAUAAUGUGUAUUGUGCCAAAGAGGUUAAUUAGUUUAUUGUAUAAAUAUUUGACAGUUUAAUGAAGAUUUUAGUGUUAUGACAAGCUGUUAUUAUUAUGUUUUUGUUAUUGUUAUGUUGUUGUGUUGUGACGAAGACAGCUCAAUUAAUUUAUGUUUUAAUAAAUAAGAUUAGUGUUGGUGCUCUUGUGAAGUUUGUAGAAUAGUUUGUUAAGUUUUGAAUACUUAGAGUAAGUAGGUUCUUGAAACCUUUUCUUUUAGACUGUCAUGAAUAUCAAAUCAAAUCUAUUAAACCAUGUGACUAUCUAGAUAUAAUUGUGUUCUUUGUGUUAUGUUACUGAGCUUUAAUUAUUUAUUAGACCAAUUUAAAAACAAACUUAUUUGAGUAAAAUAUUCCAUAUGUGUAACAUUGUGUGUUUUGUGUUGUUUAAAUUUUUGCUUUACUGAAGUCUGUAAACAUAUGUUUGAUUAAAUUGUAAACAUGUUAUUGUUUACCUUGGUACUAAAUACCAAAAGUUUAAAUAUAGCACAGAUUUAGACCAAGCUUGAAAUUAAUAUUGUUUCUAAUUUUGAUAAUUUAACAGAAUACAUUUGAAAAUAAGCAUAUCUUAAAUUCUAAAACGACAUUACAAACACAACAAUUCAGCUUCAAUACGAGUAAAACAAAUUUACGACGUACUCUUUGAUGUAACAAGUCAUGGAUCUAUGCCUUUUUUAUUGACCGAUAAUCAUGGCUCACCUUUUUAUUAGAUUGCUCAAUUAAUGAUAAAAUAGUUUUAAAGUAGAAAACUAAAUAAAUGCAACUCAUUAAAACAAGUUAGUGCAAUUUAAUCAUUGUAAACCUGGAAAUAAAACAUCAAAAUAGCCUUGCUUAAUUACGCUGGGGUUUUUUUUCAACAGCUAUCUGAAGUUCAAAUGUAACUUCUUUGGUAUGAAUUUUUGUGAAGUAUAAAAAUUGACAAUUUAAUCUCAAAAUUCAAAUUUUCACUUUUAUUAAGUUUAGUUAAGCAAAACUGCAUUAUGAUUUCAAAUUUGUACAAAUUAUAUAUUAAUUUACAAAACCAAAUCAAUUCCAUCUCAUAACUCUUAAAAUAUUGUUUUUCCUUUACAUUCGUUUUAAGAUUACAUUCAAAUAUUUCUUUAGAUUUAUAUAGUACCACCAUGGAUUUGGUUUAUUAUAGACCAAAAUUGGUAAAAGCCAGAUUUAAAAUUAUAACUAUUUGUUUUUUUUCAAAUAAAUUACUCUCUCCUCAUAGUUUUUUGAAUUAAUAUUACAGAUUUCCGAAAUCUAAAAUAUAUUGAAUCUGAUUUAAAUAAUGAUUUUACUAUUUUUGUAUUUAGCAAGAUACAAGUUUUCAAUAAAUAACUGAGAAAAAAGAGGGGUAAAUGAAAUUUUCACUUUUUCAAAAAUAUUUUAUUAGUUGUUCUACUUAUAAUGUGCAAUUGGGCUAAAUGCUCCUUUAUUAUAAAUAGCCUAAGUCAAGAUGGUGCAUCAGUGGUUUAGAGUAGCAAUAUACAUUAUAUUUUGUGUAUGAUAUGCCGUGUAUAUAUUAUUAUGUAAAAAUUUAUACUUAUAAUUCUUAAAACCAGAGUGUCAAUAUUUAUUGCAUAUGUCAAAGUAUUAUUUCAUGUUUUAUGCCAGUUGUUUGUUAGAUGAUGUUGAGUUUACUAUAAUAGGCCCAUUUUAAAGGCUCGUACCUUGUAUACUCUAAAUGACUUGUACAAAUUGUCUCCUCCAACUGUUAUUUUACACUUGAAUUUGUUUAAAUAUAUUUUAGCCAUUUCUGUGAUAUUUAUUAGCACGCUUUUUUAUAAAUUGUAUAGUUUUAUAGUUAAAGCAUCUCUUUGAAAUAAUGGAUCAUUAGGGUUCAAAGUUAAUUGCACAAUAAUGCACUAAAACAGUUAAUCGAGAAUAAUUAUAAUUUAAACUAUAAAACAAAAUGUAAAUGUCUUCACAUUAAAAGUUAAUAUCUAAAUUACCAUCUACAAGAACUUCUCUGAAAAUCUUUUUAAACAUAAUUCAUCAUCUUGGUCUUAUUCGUCAAUCAAAAAGUUAUAACUAUUUCCCUAAAUUGAUGACAAUCUUGUAUUGUCUAUAAUAAACAUAGUUUUUGUUUUUUUUUUCUCAUUCAGUGCAACAUUAUAACAUAAAAUAUAAUUAGAGAUAUAAAACUCCCAAACUUUUCCUACAAACUUAAGGUGUAGUACUUUUGGAGGAAGCAACCUUUACAAAAAUUGAAAAUUGUACAGAUAUUAUCAUCUUACUAUCUUGGGUCUAUGAGGGUAUUGGUGAAGGUGUGUGGCAUUAUAAAUAAUAUUAAUAAAUAAAUUAUAAACUAGAAUAGAACUUAUAAAUAUGUAAUAUAAUAUAAAACCAUGUUUUCAUCAAAAAGUCUCAACCUGUUAAUUCCAAUAUGUGUUCAUCAGCAAACGGAACGUUUCAUUGCAUGUGUCAAAUUUUGUACUAUCCUCAACAUAUAAUUAAUUUAUGUCUCGCUCAUAAACCCACCAGUCAAUAAUCCAAAAAUAGCAAUACUUAUUAGUAAUGUAAAUAAAAGAUUGAUGUUAAAUUAUGGAAAUAAAUUAUUUUACACACUGAAA